CACCGCUAGUGCUAGCAGCCUAGCACUAGCAACGGUAUAUUCCGGACCCGCCGUUCUCCUCCGAUUCUCCGAAGUCCAAUUCGCCGCCGCGGUGGGCACUGCAAAUUCACCCCUCCCAUCCCUUGCCGGCCGCCGCGCGGCUCCCAGCCUCGCCGAUUCGAGGAGACGACGAUCAUGGCGACCACAGCGCCACCGGUGGAUGCAGAAGCAGAAACCCCCGAGUGCCCGGUGUGCCUCUCCCCAUUCGACGCCGCCUCCGUUGUGCCGCGCGUCCUCCCGUGCGGCCACUCCCUCUGCGGGCCUUGCAUCACCGCCCUCCCGCCCGCCUCCGCCGCCGCCGCAGGCGCCUCCUCCCUCCGCUGCCCCCUGUGCUCCCAGUGCGUCCCGUUCGCCCGCACGCUCGGCCCCUCCUCACUCCCCAAAAACCUCGCCCUCCUCGCGCUUCUCCCCUCGCCAUCCCACGCUCUCACCGCCACCCCCGCCACCGCACCGCCUCCCCGUCCCCGCCAGCUCCCGCUCCACGCCGCCCACUCGCGACUCCUUUCCCGCUUCCGCCACGCCGUCCUCCCUGAGUCCGCUUCCCCGCUCCGCUCCGAGCCAAGCCCCGUCCACCUCGCAUUCGGAUCCCUCGACUUCGACCUCGGCGCGCCAUGGUUCUGCGCGCGGGGCCGCCCCGUGAGCCUCCUCCCCAUAGAGACCCAAGCAGUCCCCCCGGCGAAGCAGGAAGCCGAAGUCUACCGGCCCAGCCACGCGGCGCGAGUCCUCGCCGCGAUCGACGCGCUCAGCGACGCGGCCAAGGACGAGCUGGCCGGUCUGAUCGCCUCUUCCGCGCGGUUGGCGCGUCUGGUAUGCAGGCUCUACGGGGUCUGGAUGUCCCCUGACGCGCCACCACUGUGGAUGGUCUCUGAACGGCACCCACGUACGGUUUCCCUAUUGUUGGAAGAGGAGAUUAUCAGUAGAGAGGAGACGGUGAUGCAGACCGGAUUCCUUGUAAUGGAGGCAUGUGAAGUGAUCAUGGGGUUGCACAGCGAGGGGCUGGUGUUGGGGUGCCUCGGGCUGGACUGCUUCUGCAUCGAUCGCUUUGGGCACUGCCUGCUUGAUUUGAAUCAGGCGUUGGCAUUGUGCCGGGGAGUCCAAGCAGAGCCUAGCUCAAACAGUAUUCGAGCUUUCAUCGCUCCAGAGGUGAGGGUGGUGCUAGAUGACAUAUCGCGAGUUAAGGAUCGUGAUUUUGAUGGUUUGGUUGGCUGUAGCUCGGAUAUCUGGUCGUUGGGCUGUGUGUUUGUGGCACUACUUACUAGGGAUGAGCAGCUUGUGGCAGGUUGGAACUCUGAAGGACUGUAUGAUGAUUGGGAGAAGGAAGUGGUUACAAGGCUUGAUGCCUCAUUGCUUGGUACUAUACUUGAACCAUUGGCUGCAGUUAUAGCAUCGUGCUUGAGAUAUGAUCCAAAAUGUCGUCCAGAGAUUGCUGAUGUUUGGAAAUGUAUUAGAGGCUUGUUGACGAAAUCUGAUGAUGUUACUUUAGCUCCUGGUGAUGAUGUUGCAGCUCAGAAGAGUUUUAGAUGUUUACUCCUUGGGGAGUUAUCCUCCAUGUUUACUGACUCUGGUGCUGUUGAGUCAGAUGAUAAAACACAACUGUCUCGAGGAGCUGAUGACAACAGAUUGAAUCAGGAUCAUGGAAGUCAUGAUGGUUUCUUAAACAAUAGGGGAAAUGAUUUGUCAGGAAUCGAUAGCCCCCAGUCUGCCGGAGUGUUUAAGUCAUCAACACUGCUUGCCCACCGUGAUUGUGUAACAGGAUUAGACGUAGGAGGUGGAUUCUUGUUUAGCUCUUCUUAUGAUAAAACUAUCAAUGUGUGGUCACUGCAGGACUUCUCUCAUGUACAGUGUUUGAAGGGUCAUGAACACAAAAUCACGGCAAUUGUUGCUGCUGACAAUGAUAGCCACUCUCUUUGUAUAAGUGGAGACAGUGGUAGCGGAAUUUUCGUCUGGCAUGUAGAUUCUACUCUGAAGGAAGAACCUUUGAAUAAAUGGUACGAACAUGAUGAUUGGCUCUAUCGAGGGGUUAACUGCUUGGCUGUCUCUGGAACUGGUUAUCUUUACACUGGUAGCAGAGACAAAUCUAUCAAGGCUUGGUCACUAGAGGAUUAUUCACUUCGCUGCACUAUGACAGGUCAUAAAUCAACUGUGUCUUGCCUUGUAGUGGCCAGUGGUAUUCUUUACAGUGGAAGUUGGGAUGGUACCAUUCGUUUAUGGUGGCUCACUGAUCAUACACCAUUGUCUGUACUGGAAGAUGAUACAGCAGGAACCAUAGCCCCUGUAUUAUCAAUUUCAGCAGAAGCCAAUUUUGUCGCUUCAUCAUAUGAGAAUGGCUAUUUUAAGAUCUGGAAGAACGACAUGCUUGUCAAAUCAGAAAAGCUUCAAAAUGGUGCUGUUUAUGCUGUUAAAUUGAGUGACAAAUGGCUUUAUACUGGUGGAUGGGAUAAAGUCAUAAAUAUUCAGGAGUUACUGGAUGAUGAGUCAGAGGUAGAACUCCGAGACGUGGCUUCCAUUACUUGUGACUCAAUUAUAACUUCGAUACUGCCCUGGGAUGAAAGGCUGAUAGUUGGAUUAUCCAGCAGGGAUAUCAAGGUUUACUACAAGGCAUCAUAAUUGUUGGCUCCAACCCCAUGUAUACAUUGUGAAUAGUUUAAUGUACAGUAAACGAGAAAAAGGACUGAUGGGAACAGACAUUGCGAAUAGCUCAGUGUACAGUAAAUGUGAGAUAAAGUAUUGAUGGAAUCAGACAUUGUGAAGAGCUCAACGUGAGAUGAAGAAUGAUGGAAAGAGAGGAAACCAUCCUCAUGAUGCUACAACAGAGUGCCAAUUAGAAAGAAAAGAAUUAAGAUAGGGUUUUGUAAUAAGGGCUACAUAUUAACGAAGAGAUACAUUUCUUCAAUUCCUUAGGAGUAGAAUACACUAAAAGCGUAAUCUAUGUUUUUUUUUCUUCAAAAAAUGACAAAUAUACAAGGUAUCGCAAUGGCCCUAGGCCAGAAGCUAUGUUACACGGAUACUCUGACUUAUCCGUAUCCGAUACUCGUCGGAGAUGUGGAUACGGAUACUCGAAUACACCAUUUAAGUGGUUUUUUUUUU